UUCUCUUUCCUCCAUCUUUCGCAAAGAUUUUUUGCAGCCAUGAAGACUAUUCUGGCAAGUGCUACAGUUGACAUUCCCGAAAAUGUCACGAUCAAGCUGAGAGGUCGUGAAGUGACAGUGAAAGGACCACGUGGUAGCCUGGUAAGAAGUUUCAGACAUCUUAACUUGGAGCUUACUCUGCUGAGUAAGAAGAAGCUGCGUGUUGAUGUUUGGUUUGCAAAACGCAAACAGCUGGCUUGUGUCAAAACCAUAUGUACUCAUGUGGAAAACAUGAUCAAGGGAGUUACCUAUGGCUACAAGUAUAAGAUGAAGGCAGUGUAUGCUCAUUUCCCAAUUAACAUCACUGUCUCUGAGAAUAACACCUUAGUGGAGGUGCGUAACUUCCUUGGUGAGAAGUACAUAAGACGUGUGAGAAUGAGACCUGGUGUCACAUGUGUGAAUUCCUCUGUGAAGGAUGAGAUCAUCUUGGAAGGGAAUGACAUUGAGCUGGUUUCCAACUCUGCUGCUCUUAUCCACCAGUCCACUCUGGUGAAGAACAAAGAUAUCCGUAUGUUCUUGGAUGGUAUCUAUGUAUCUGAAAAGACAACUGUUGCACCUGUGGAAUGAAUGUUUUGCCAAAGGAAAUGAAUAAAAAUACUGUUACCUCUUUCCAA